UGCUCAGAAGUAUCGAGCUGAAGGCGGUGGCAGCUGUCAAUGUCCUGCUGUACUCUGGUGGUGAGGAGCUCCAGGUUCGUGGGCCUAUUCAAAUCAGCCUGCCCCUGGGACACAGCACGCACCUCAGGGCCUCUGACACUGUGCCAGCCUGGGCCUUUAACCUGAAGACUGGUGCCUGGGAGAAUCAGGGACUGGGAAUAGUGAAAAGAGUUGGCAACGAGCUGGUUUGGACAUACACUGCUUCCCAUCUGGGCUACUGGAUCGCUGCCCCCCUUCCCUCAUCAAAUGAUUACCUGGCACAUGGAAACUCCAUUGAUUUCAUAUCAUACCACACCUACCUGUUGAUGGGAAUACUGGGAGCAACGCUGGCAAUAGUGAUUGGAUUUCUUUCCUUGCUGCUAUGUCACUGCGG